AUAUCCGAAGAACAUUUAAAUUUAUAUGGAUUGUUGCAUGGUGGUUUUACAUCUACUCUUAUUGAUGCUGUCUCUACAUAUGCUUUAAUAACCCAUGAAAAAAAUAACAAACCAGGUGUUUCAUUAAAUUUAGAUAUUACAUUUAUGAAACCUGCUCUUUUUGGAGAACUAAUAACAAUUAAUGCAAGAACUAUACGUGUUGGAAAAACAGUAGGUUUUGUUUCAAUAGAUAUUACAAAAAAUGAAGGGAAAGAUAUAAUUGUUAAUGGAACUCACAUAAAAUUUAUUGGAAAGUAAA